ACAAUAACUGUCAAAACACAAAACGUCAUCUUUCCAACCAACCAAGAACAAGAAGAGAAGGAGGACUCCAUCUCUGGGUCCUAAAAGCCAUCAUCUUUUUUUAAUUUUUUGCCAACGCGUCUUAAUUUUUAUAUACAAACUUUUCUCAUCUAUAAAAAAUGAAUCCCAAAUUAAAAAUCUCUUGUUUCCUUUUAAAACGUCUGGAACGUAUCAAGCAACAAUCCAGUGGUUGUUUAUUUGGAGUUCUUUAUGGAGAGGGAACAUUACUCCUAUUAGGAUUCAACAUUGAAUCAACAAUAGGUCAACUAAAUUACAAACACAUUCAAUAUAAAUUCCCUGCUGAAUUGGAUUUAUGUGGUUUGGUUAAGUUCGGAGAUUGUACUGAUGCUGAAGCACAUAUUAAUGUGAUUCUAAAAGAUGUUGAUAUCACAGAUAAUCCAAUUCUAUUACAAUUGGAAUUGGGUACUCUUGUCGGCAUGAAAGCAUCAAUUUUCAUGCAUGAAAAACUCGAACAAAUUCCAUACGAAGUUAUGGAAGCUGAAGAGUUGUAUACAGAUUUUUGUUUCAGUCGCAUCAAGUGUAAUCUGAUGUUGUACACUGAAUCGACAGUUGAGGCUGUUAAAAAGAAUAUGCACAUUCUGAGGAAGAAUGUUGCCGGCGGGAGUACUGCUUUCCAUGUGAAAAAGACUAAAGUCUAUCUCACUGGAGCUGGCAGUUAUCCGGCUGGUCAGGAUGUUACAGCUGAAUCAAGUAUAUCAUCGAUUGUUCAGAUGGUUUCAAGGAACAACGACGAAGUUGAUGACAAAACGACGACGAAGAAAUCGAUAAAGGAACCAUCAAUUCCGACUGAAUUCAGUGUCAUAACAAUUGAUGUUUUGAAAAAUAAAACAAAAGAAAGACCGGAUAAAAAUGCUCCACCACCUGCAGCUGGUUCUAUGUAUUUAAAUCGAGAUGAGAAAAAGAUUGCCAUACCAUUGAAUGUGGAAGCAAUGGCAAUUCUUUAUAAAAAAACGAAACUAACUCGAUUCUAUGACAUUCUUAUCGAAAGUAUAUGCAGAUCAUUGCGUUUGUUUGAAUAUGCCAUAACAGAGCCUUUGGAAGUGGGUCAAGCACCGACAAUUCCACGUUGCUUUCACUUUUUCCCGCCAGAGUUUGGUCAUUUUUUGACUUAUGUUUAUCCGGAAGGUAUUUCAGAAGACGAAACGAAUAUGCAACAGCAAAGGAAGAAACUGCAUUAUCACUUUGGACUGCCCAUCUCACGUCCGUACUUCCGCCGAGCCAAUUGUCAUUUGUUCCGCGAUGAGUUGGAUCCGAAAGAACCACUUCUGAACACACACAUUGGCUUGCGUCCGAGUGGGGUGAAAGAGGGACGCCAAUAUCUUGUUCAAGGCAACUACAGUUACUAUCACUACAUGCAGCAGGAUAUGCGAGAUAACGGUUGGGGUUGUGCCUAUCGUUCACUUCAAACACUUUGCUCCUGGUUCAGAUGGCAGGGUUAUACUGAACGCAGUCCUCCAACUCAUUUGGAAAUUCAAAAAUACUUGGUCCGUAUUGGUGAUAAGCCACAAUCUUUUGUGGGAUCUUCACAGUGGAUUGGGUCGACAGAGGUUUCAAUGUGUUUGCAAGGUUUCUUGAAUGUCGACUCAAAAAUUCAAUACUGUUCGUCGGGGGCGGAUCUGGGCACCAUGGGUUCGGAUUUGGCAAUGCACUUUCAAUCACAAGGCAGUCCGAUUAUGAUUGGUGGAGGUGUUUUAGCGCAUACAAUACUCGGCAUCGAUUACAACAGUCAGACGGGACAGAUUAAAUUUCUCAUCUUAGAUCCUCAUUAUACUGGCACUGAUGAUUUAGCAACAAUACAAGCGAAAGGUUGGUGCGGUUGGAAGGGUGUUGAUUUUUGGGAUAAAAAAUCUUACUAUAACAUGUGUAUGCCUCAAAGGCCAAUUAUAUAUUGAUUUUGUUAUCAUACAGAGUCUGCAGGUUUAGGGAUGUUUUAUUUUAUUGUUUAAUUAUUUCUUGCAAUUUGUUUAUGGGUAAAUGUGGCCCUAUUUUAAUGUUUUAUCAAAAAAAAAAAAAAAAUCAAUUUUAUAUGUAUCCGUUUUUUUAUUUAAGAAAAAGAGAUAAAAAGAGAAACUUUCGAUAGA